AUGCAUACGCAGCUCAAUUUCGGGUCGGGGGCUGUCAGUGGCGGUUUCGUUUUUCGCCUCAGUCCCAGACUUUUGGAAUAUCAGUCUGUCGGCGAUUCUUUUUUCAGCGCCUCUUCCGCCCUGCGUACUCGAUCCCAAGGACCAAGGCGCCCAAAAACAACAGCAAAUGGGACGGCGCCACCGCAGAAGCCGCAGCGUAGCAAUAGUGCCACCCGGCUUCAGGUCGACCAGAAAUUGCGCAGCGAGGCGGAGGAUGCACGCAAAAGGGAACAAGCCAAUGCGGCGUUCGUGGAAUGGUUGAAGCGAAAGCUGAACGCGCCCAGGGAACCACGGUGCAGCCCCAGCAGAGAACAAAUCGCCACGUACGCAAAAGAGGACGCCAGGCAGCGCGUGCUGAACAACUGGCACGCCAAAUUCCCCCGCUCGAAAUCGAGGACCCAUUUUGGGAAUGAGGGAACUAUUCGCUACGAUGCCACGCUA